AUGACUAUCGAGUUCAUCAUCCCGCCACAUGUAUCCCGCCCACAGGGUCAGAACUCAUCCAGUUUCUCCGCUCCUCCACUAGAUGGAACACUCACUGUUCCAGAGCUCUUUGAGUACAACGCUCUUCAUUCUCCCUCUCACCCCUACGCCGUAUUUGCCAAUGAAGACGGUACAACUCGGACCAUCACUUACGCAGAGACUUGGCGUAUGGUCAAGAGAGCGGCUCGCAUCGUACAGAGUAGUUGUCUUCCCUUCGGGGUAGAAGACGGUCCGAUGUCGACCAGUCUCGGUCCUCCCAUUGGUAUCUUGGCCAACGCAGAUUCCGUAAGCUAUGCUCUACUUGUAAUCGCCAUCAUGCGCCUGGGACUGGUGCCAUUCCCCAUAUCAACGAGAAACUCCCCCGAGGCUAUUGCACAUCUUCUUCGCAAGACGCAGGUGGUUCAGCUCUUCGUGAGCCCGGACCCGGCCAUGCAGAUGGCGAGCAACGUAGCUCUCGAGAUCCUUGGGGGAGACGACUAUCGGGUCACCGUAUUAACCAUGGUCCAAUUCGCUGAUAUUUCCGACGAGACUGUUGAUCCAGACGGUGACCACGGAGAGCUUGUUGAGCUCGGGAAACUAGACCUGGAUCACGUCGCCUGCAUCUUACAUUCAUCUGGAUCAACAUCAUUCCCUAAGCCAAUCAGUAUCACUAACCGAAGAUUCCUCCAAAUCGGAAGAGCCGCCUAUUUUGGUGAUGUCGACUUAUGUGGACACGUCUUUGGCGUGCAUUCUCUGCCGGUUUUCCACGUCAUGGGUUGCGUCGGCACUAUAGCCAUAGCCUCAACGACAGGGAUGGCGAUAGGCGUCUUCAAACCCUCCGUACCACCCAUCUUACCAACACCGGAACGCCUCCUAGACGUCAUUUUGGAAACCAAGACCACCGUGCUCUUCUGUGUUCCUUCGAUCAUCGAGAUUUGGGCCAAAGAUCCCACAAACAUCGCGAAGCUGAGGUCCCUGCGCUCUGUGCUGUACGCUGGAGCGCCUAUGAGCAAAGCCACUGGGGAUGAGCUCGUACGGAUGGGUAUUCCCAUCCACCCAAUAUAUGGACUAACGGAAAUAGUCCCCGUGUCUGUUUUCGUUCCUGGUACGCCCUCGACAUUGGACGAUUGGGAGUACUUUAGGUUCUCCCCUCAAUUGGACAUCGAGCUCCUUCCUCAAGAGGGAAUGGAGAAUAUUUUCGAGGUCGUGGUCGUUGGAACUCCUUAUGCUGAGCCUAACGUCGUCAAUGCGAAGACAAGUGAUGGGAGAGACGCGUAUCGUACUAGUGACCUAGUGGAGCGCCACCCACGCGACCCUAGUAGGUGGAAGGUCUUCGGACGCACAGAUGAUCAAUUGAUGUUGUCAACGGGCGAGAAGACAAAUCCUAUACCUUUGGAGGCCAUUUUGUUAAAGGAUCCAGCCGUGGCAGGGGCGGUCAUGUUCGGCCGCGGUCGCGUCCAGAACGGUAUCCUCGUCGAACCUAAAGAAGCAUUUGAUCCAAGAGACGAGAGCCGCUUGGCAGAAUUCAGAAAUAUGAUAUGGCCUUCGAUUGAGAGGAUGAACCAACUCGCUCCGACUCAUUCGAGACUGUUCAAAGAGAUGAUACUCAUUUCGAGCCCAGAUAAGCCGUUCGAAUAUACGCUGAAGGGCACAGCGAGACGUCACGCAGUGACGAAGGCCUACGAACCUGAGAUCGAGAACCUAUACGAGGCUAUUGCGAGUAGUGCGCAAAGCGACGUUCCGCUCCCUGAUACCUGGUCAGACGAGAAUGUGUUGUCUUUCGUGAGAUCUGCCGUUGCAUCUGUGGUCCAGAAGGCACUCGGGGACGAUGAUGAUCUGUUCCAGCAAGGCUGCGAUAGCCUCCAGGCCACGUAUAUCAGAAAUAUUGUGGUGAAUGCUCUACGCCAGUCAGAGGCGAAGUCAUACGUCCACGGCAUCCCCAACAAUAUCGUCUAUACACAUCCUACUAUCUCUUCGCUCGCCGCAUUUGUGAUUGAUUUUGUGCAGGAGCCUACCGACACGACCGAGGACGGAGUUGUCGAGAGUAAGAUCAGGACACUGAAUUCCUUGGUCGAGAAAUACGGCAGUUCCUUCCCGUCACGCGCUAUAGACGAUCACUCACCACCCUCUGAUUCAUCACCGAUGGCCGUCGUCCUUCUCACGGGCUCCACUGGUAGACUCGGCGCUCAUGUCCUCGAACAACUAUUGAAGAGCAAGCAUACGACGAAAGUCUACGCGCUGAAUCGUGGCGGUGAGGCUCACCCGAAGGAGCGACACGUAGCGGCGUUUGCUAAGUGGGAGCUGGAUAUAAGUCUUUUGGACGAUGGUAGAGUGACGUUUUUGACGAUGGAUAACACCGAGGGUAGACUGGGACUCGAUGACGAGCUAUACGAAGAGGUCAAGGGAUCCAUCAUUCAAAUCAUCCAUCUUGCUUGGCGAUUAGAUUUCAACAUGGCCGUCUCUUCAUUCGAGCCUUUAAUCGCCACUGUUCGCGAGCUUAUCGAUCUUUCGUUGGCGUCUCCCCGAGCAAGUCCACCGUCGAUCGCCUUUUCCAGCUCCAUGGCGGUGUAUCUGAAUCAUAGCCCAACCGAACCACUCGCGGAGAUCGCUAUUGACGACCCUAAAAACGUCAUAGGAUCAGGGUACGGCGAAAGUAAAUGGGUCACCGAACAGGUUCUGAUUCGCGCAAUGCACCAUACCGGGAUCCAAGUGAACGUCAUCCGCGUGGGACAACUCUGCGGAAGUAGUGCUCACGGUGGAUGGAACGAGAAGGAAUGGGUGCCUGCUAUGGUGAAGUGGUCGCAAACGUUGAGAGCCGUCCCAGACAGAGAGGGGACGGUCUCUUGGCUUCAGAUGGACGUAGCAGCCUCCGCUCUGCUCGAAAUGUCCGGGUCUGAGGAAUCCGUCUUGCACAUCGUCCACCCCAAACCCAUCGAAUGGAGGUUCCUCGUCGACUCCAUUUCCAGUAUUUUGUCUCUCGAGGUCAUACCCUAUGCCGCAUGGGUCGCGAAAAUGCAAGAGUAUGUUAGGACGCGGGUUGACACGUUGGAGAGUUCAAGUAAGGAGCAGCUCGAAGAAAUUCCGGGGCUCAGUCUCCUUGAUUUCUUCAGUAGUUUGGGAGAUGAGCCGGUGUUGGAGACGACGAAGGCGGUGCAGGUAUCAUCAAGCCUGAAUAGUGCGGAAAGGCUCCAAGCCUCGGACGUCGAGAAGUGGAUAAAUUACUGGAAAAAAUGUGGUUUGAUCAAGGCUUGAAGGGAAUGGUAAUCUGGUGCUCAACGACGAAGUUCUUUCCUAUAAAUAAUUGUACAACGUUCCCCUCACACUGUAAUGAAUCUACAAAAUGUUCGGUGUACUAUC